GUGUGUUCGUUCAGUCUUGAGUCAUUCGUUGCAGCAGCUGGUCCGCUCUAGAUUUUCUCGUCGGAACAUCCAGCAAAUCGAUCGUCGCCGCGUCGCUGCUAUCAAAGCAAAAUUAUCACCAGCCCAGCAGCAACUGCAAAACUGUGUUAUCAGGAGAGGCCGAUUCCGCGAGGAGAAGCAGCGAUCGACUUGGACGGGGUUAUAAAAGUGGUCAGCUGGUACGGGACGGAUUUCAUUCGAUUGGCAGAACCGGUGCCGUCUGGAAGUGAUUCCCGGGAGGAAGAAAAGAAGAAGAGUUCGGGAAGCCGAUUUUGGUGCUCCGGAAGUGAUUUGUGUGAUUUGAGCAAGGAAUAUUCUGAAUACUGACGAAGAUGGAACACGUCAACGGAAGCAGCGAAAAGGAAGUCCGGGUGUGGUGCGACGGAUGCUACGACAUGGUGCACUUUGGCCACGCAAAUUCCCUCCGCCAGGCCAAAGCCCUCGGCCACAAGCUGGUGGUUGGAAUUCACAAUGACGAGGACAUUACCAAGAACAAGGGCCCGCCGGUGUUCACGCAGGAGGAAAGGUACAAAAUGGUGCGCGGAAUAAAGUGGGUCGACGAGGUCGUGGAGGAUGCACCGUACGUGACGACGCUGGAAACCCUGGACAAUAACAACUGCGAUUUCUGCGUGCACGGCGACGACAUCACGCUGACAGCCGAUGGCGUCGACACCUACCACUUGGUCAAGACCGCGGAACGUUACAAGGAAGUUUCGCGCACGGCCGGAGUCUCGACGACGGACCUCGUUGGUCGGAUGCUGUUGAUGACGCGGAACCACUUCAAACAAGGUGACCAAGAGUAUAGCGUCGAAAAAGAUGGAUCCUCCAAGCUGGGCCAGGACCACUCGGCGCGUAGCCCCUGGACCGGUUGCUCCCAGUUCCUGCCCACGACGCAGAAGAUUAUCCAGUUUAGCGACGGCAAGGCACCGAAGCCAACGGACAAGAUUGUGUACGUGGCCGGUGCGUUUGACCUGUUCCACGUUGGCCAUUUGGACUUUUUGGAAAAGGCCAAAACGUUCGGCGACUACCUGAUUGUGGGACUCCACACUGACCCCGUCGUGAACGUAUACAAGGGCGGCAACUAUCCGAUCAUGAACCUGCACGAGCGCGUCCUCAGCGUGCUGGCCUGCAAGUAUGUCAACGAGGUCGUCAUUGGGGCCCCCUACUCGGUCACCAAGGACCUGAUGGAGCACUUUAACGUAGAUCUGGUGUGCCACGGACAGACGACGAUCGCGCCGGACGUGGGCAAUCUUGACCCGUACGCCGUGCCGAAGCAGAUGGGCAAAUUCAUGCUGAUUGACUCUGGCAACCCCAUCACGACCGAGGACAUUGUCGAGCGGAUCAUCCGGCAUCGGCUGGAGUACGAGGCGCGCAACGUCAAGAAGGAAAAGAAGGAGAUUGAGGUGUUUGAGGCCAUGCAGCGGGUGAAGCUGGCGGAAAAGUGCGGUUGACUACCGGCGGACGACUAAGCGCGCCCGCGACUAAGAUGACGACGAUCGCCUGGUGCGCCGCCUGAAAAACCUGUUACAACAUGCCAGCAACAAGCAACACACCCCGAGCGAGCGCAGCAGAUGAGAGUCAAAUUGUAGACAAAUUGAUUUUAUUUUAUUUACGCGUAGCACAGUCACCCCCCGGAAGAGGUCAGGACCUUUUUUUUUUCGAGGCGAGGAUUGUGCUGAAAGGAUUCAAUUGUGCAUAGGUUAUUUUGUUAGUAAUAUUUGUUUUGUGUUUAGUUUUAUAUGCUAUUUUCUGCAUCUUACACAGAGGAAGUUUAUAUUAAUUUAUGUGAGCACGGCGCCGUUUGGCACCAAUCGUGGAGUAACAAAACUUUUAUCUUUUAUAAUAUACACGCAAAAAAUCCCAAAUAUAUUGCUGUAAGAAUCUCGAAACUGCAACCGUUUAUUGAGGAAAAGGAAUUAACCUGUAGGAUGAAGCCAAAGUUGCAAAAAACAAACGCUACCCGCUAUGAAUUAUCCUUUGAGUUUCUCCCUAACCUUGCUGUCGCAUUUUUCUUUUAAACUAUUUCCGUUCGCAACUUCGGCUAAAACAACAAAUUUUGCGCGAACGUGAAGAGUUAUGUUAAACUGGGAAAAAUUACCCUUGUUUUCAUUUGAGCGAAAACGAGUGAAAUUAAUACCCAAGAAAAGCAAAAAUACAAUUAGAUAAGCUAGAUUUGUGUAUCAGUGUACAGAUAAUUAGAUUAUUAGAAAUCGAGAGAACAAGCAACAUUCAUUCCCGCGGCGAGAAGAGGCAUUACUGGUAAUAUCUCCCGAAACAAGAGUUUGUGUGAUAUUAGGAGCCGGAGGAACGGGGGAACGGGUUAACGUUACCUAAUUUCCCCCUGAAACGGGUAGGUAGAUUCAAAUUGAAGAAAAAAAACAACACAAACACACACACAGCCACGGUGUCACACGCGUGCAUAAUCAAAAAUUGAGAAGCGCAAAGCCCCUAAUUACUCUUCUUCUCUUUAAAAGGUUAACUUUGAAAAAGUAAAUGCUAAACUCUCCUUUUAGUCGGCUGAAAAGCAGUAGAAAACAAACCUCCAAUUCUAAGUGCGCGGCUUUCGUUGGAACUUGGAUCGCUGGGACGUGGUCCCAGCGGUUGGAGUUUUAAAGGGGGUCGUGUCGUAGGUUCUUAAUCGCGACUACUUAAACUAUUGUGUUAUCAAUCAAGAUUUUGUAACGUUUCUUAAGGCAAAAAUAUAAAACACUUACGCUUCUAUGAAAAAAA